UGCUCAUCACAUAUUUAUCACAUGCACACAAAGUUUGACAGAAAAUACUGUAGUUACAGUGAAUGUGAAGUUAAAUCAGUGAAUCAGUGUUAUUUUAUUAUUUGUGACCCGUGCUGGCAAAAUGAGUAGGAAUGCGCACCGUGUAAUUUUGAGCUACAGGCAAAAAAAAGUGAAAAAUGUCAAUGUCAAAUUUGGGGUUUUCUCAAAAAUUAGUUCAUUAAGCCCUCGUCUAGUGAUCCCAACACUCCAAACAGUAAUUAAACAUCUAAAAUUAUCUAUAAUUGUACAUUUUCUGAGAGGAGUACAUUCUGACUCUCAUUUGAAGCGCGCACAUAAAGGCACUUCCAGCAGCAUGCGAUCCUGAUAAAUAUACACAGAAUUACAGUAUUUAAGUAUUCAUGCAAACAUAAUCUGUUAUGUUUUAAGUGAACAUUUGGGGAACUGUUGGGGAAAAACAUCUGAUGUGUAACAUUAUAUUAGAUCUGUGCUUUACAGUAGGUCUUAAUACAUAUAGGCCGUCUGUCUCAUUAAUGUUAAUCUGAAAAGAAAAGAGGGAAUCAUUUGCUGCUCUUGAUUGAACUGCUUUUGUAGUUUUAACAAUCAAUUUAUUUGUAAUGAAUUGUUUCGAAUCCGGUCUGUGGCCUUCCGCCCAAUAGCCACCAGAGGUCGCCCUUCCUUCAAAUUGACUCUUGCACUACACUACUGUUGCACUUCACCCACGGACUACAAUACCCAUCAUCCAUUGCACUGACGACACACACACAGCUGAUUGCACUGAUCACACAGCUUACUUAAGCCAUGGACUUCCUUAGUCAGAUCGCUGAGUAUUGUAUAAUACUAAUACUCGGCCUCACAAGGAUCCAGCAGCUUUUCAGACGAACAUUUGUCAGGUGUGGACACAACAAGACUAUUGUUUGCCCUUAAACAAGGCCCACGAUCACUGGAGAACCAUAUUAGAGAGUUUUUAGCCAUCGCUCAUUAUUCUGAUUUACCGAACAUUAUCUUGAUUGAGAUUUUCUGUGAUGGUUUAAAUAAGCCUUUACAGUCUGAACUUUGACGCGAGGGUCCGUGCUCUUCACUCGCACAGUUUAUGGACUAUGCUUUGUUGUGUGUUGGCUCUCCAUUCACUGUGGGUGUCGUGGAGGAAGAACGCAAUGCCCCGCAUCUGUGACUGAAAUUGUGGCUGCACCAGAGCGCACUCACAAAAUGGCGACAACAACAACACCCCGUCAUGUCAUUGCUGCAUUCAUGAAUCAGGCCAAGUCCCAGUUGAUCUUCAUGAGUCAAGUCAUGCCACGCCUGCUGCCUCAGAGCCUGCUCACGUCAUGCCAGUCAUUCAAGAGCUCCUUCACAACAUGGCAGCUAUUCAAGAGCUUCAGUGCAAGAUGGCUACUACUCAAGAGUCUCUUCAUAAAAUGGCCGCCAUUCUAGAGUCUCACCACAUCUCAGUUGAUUUUCCAGAGCCUCCUCACGACAUGGCUGCCAUUCCCGAAUCUGCUCACGACAAGCCUUCCACGCCUGAGCCUCAUCUCAAGAUGGCCGCCACGCUUGAGCCUCGCCAUGCCAAGGCCGGCCUAUCAGGAUUUCGUCCCGUCAUGGCUACUGUUCCAGAGUCCAGUCACGUCACAGCUGAUCGUCCAGAGUCACGUCAUGUCACGUCACAGCUGAUCGUCCAGAGUCAUGUCACGUCACAGCUGUUCAUCCAGAGCCUCGUCACGUCACAGCUGUUCAUCCAGAGUCACGUCACCUCCUGUCUGUUGAACCCAGAUAUUCAAGUGUUACCUAGGUCCCAUUUCCUGCCGUGGUCUCCAGUUCCUCCUGCUCUGUACUGGCGGGCCCCUGCUUUGUCUGCUCCACCCUGGUGGGCUCCUGCUCCGCCGUGGAGGUCUUCUGCCCCAUCGUGGUGGUCGGCUGUCUGGCUCUGGUGGUCUUCUGCUCCGCCCUGGUGGGCUCCAGCUCCAUCUGCUCCGCCCUGGUGGGCUCCGGUUCCGUCUACUUCGCUCUGGUGGGCUCCUGCUCCAUCUGCUCUGCCCUGGUGGGCUCCUGUUCUGUCCUGGUCUCUGGUUCCACCCUGGUUUCCUGCUCCGUCGGCUCCGCUCUGGUUCCCUGCUCCGCCUUGAUUCGCUGCUCUGCCCUGGCUUCCUGCUUCGCCGGUUCUGCCUGGGUGUCCUGCUCUGCCUCAGUCCCCGGUCUUCCCACUUCCACGUGGACCUGGCCCUCCGUCCCUCCCCCUGUUCCGCCUCCGUUCCGCCUCCGCUCCACCACCCACC